AACUGAAGAAAAAGAAGAAAAACAAGAAAAAGAAAGUUAGCUCUGAAUUACUGAAAGAAGCACAUUCAGAAAGCUUUGUGAAUGUAGGCGGCCAUCUGCGUUCAGAAUCUCAAGAAGAAUCAGAGAAACAAAUUAAAAUUCUCAGAAAGAAGAAAAAAGAAGUCCAGUAUUAUUUGUCCUCAUCAUUGGAGGAUAAUCAGAGCAGUCAUGUGGAACUUUCAAAUCAUUGUACAGAUGGUACUAAGGAAAACAAAUUUGCUUUUAAAAAACCCAGAAAGAAUACUGCAUUGAGUUUGGAAGUGGAUGGUGCAGUAAUUAAGAAAAAAAAGAAGAAAGGCAUUUUUUCUUUUUCAUUAGAGGACAUCCAGCACAGUGAACACAAACAGUCUGAAGAAGUUUGUAAAAAAUCACACAAGUACAUUUCAGAAGAAAAAGCUUUUAUGGGUGAAAACUAUGGAACAGAUAUUAUCCAGAAUGGCAGGGAGAGUUAUGUGAGAAGAAAGAAGAAAAAGAAAAAGAAAGAUAGGUCUGACUCUUUUUUACCACUAGCAGAUAAUCAGGACAUCAUCUCUGGAGUUCCCGAUGGCCCCGUUGCAUUAAGCGACAUCAGAAAAAGGCAAAGAAAGAAUUUCCAGGAAAUUACAUGGAUAAUCAAGGAGGAAAAGGACCCAACUGAGAACUCUGGAAGUAUCAGAGAGACCAAGAGGAAGAAGAAGAGGAGCAAAGAUGCUUCUUCCUUAACAUGUGAAUGUAAUCAAGACUCCAGCCACAGAGUUCCUGAUAAGCAUCUCCCUGUGCUGGGAGAAGUUGAGUUUGACAAAGAGGAGCUUUCUGGAAAAAAAAGCAGGAAGAAUAUUAAGGAAAUCAAUAAAAAGAACAAAGAGAGUGCUGUGAAGCAAGCUGAAUGUGUCACGGGGGACGCUGUAGAUCGAGUAUUAUGCAACAGUGAUCAUACGCUCUGUGACAGAAAAAGGAAAAAAAGGAAGAAAGAUGUACCGCAGGACUUUGCCGAGGAACCAGGUUCAAAAUCAGACACAAAAAAGAUCAGAAGAGGAGACUUGGGAAUUGAGGCACUGGAACAUGCCGAUGAUGUAACUAUCGUGCAGGUAAAAAAGGGAAACUGUGAUGAAGUUAACAUAGACAAGGUGAGGCGGCAGGCGUUGCAAGAAGAAAUCGAUAGAGAAUCUGGCAAAACUAAGCUUUUUGAUUCCAAAAUGGAACAGGAUACGCAGUUCGGCCAGUGGAGUACAGCCGCUUUUCAAAGUUCUGAGGAAAAAAUGAAGUUUUUUAGACUGAUGGGUGGGUUUAAAAAGGGCUCCGUGCCUAUCCAAAACCCCUCAGCAACUAUGAACAAACCAAACAUGGCUCUGAACAGGGAAGGGGAGGAGAAGUUACAGCAGGCUCUGAAGAUGCAAUUUGAUAAAGCAAUGGACUUGAAGCAACACAGAGGAAUUGGUCUUGGAUUUCAACUCGGUGCCAGCAAAAAUGUAUACAUAGACAAAUAUACAACUAGAUCUAUAAAAUUUGAAGAUUAA